CUAUGACUUACGCAUCAUGAUAUUGACAGGGAACACAUUUGUUUCCAAACAAACGAGGCUCUCUUCAGGAGGCUGCUGUUGUGACUUAAACAAAUCAUCUUACAUGCUCAGGCAGAGUAGAUCACUACUAGUGAAUCCCAAUCACCUUUUUCCUCUGGCGAUGUUUCAAAGAUGCUCGACGUUAUGGAGCCCCUUGUAGUGCUAACAAAGAGUACUUAUGAGCACUCUGUGUGUAGUACUGCUCAAUAUAUAAAACGAAUCUGCGACGCCAACUUUUUAGUGUCUGGACAAUCAGGUGUCCGGUUUGAACCAGGGCCACCAUUUUCCCAAAAUUUCAGCGCUAGAUGGAAAACCUUUUUUAAAGUCGUGAAUCUUGUUAUGUUUGGAUCUCCUGAAGCUCAUCGCAAGGCUCUUGACACAACACGGGUCGAUGAUCGCGUUGUUCAAGUGGAGCGCCGUGAGAAUUUAAUCGACAGAAUCAAUUGUGAAUGGAAUGAAUACACAGUAUUCUCUACUGUGAUGCUUGCUGUCAAUAUCGCGGUCCCAUUUGUCCACUCUCAAACGUCUGCAAUUCUUGUAUCUUAUUUGUCUACCCUUUGUGCCACGGGUUCGUUAAUAGUCACACUAGUCUUUGCUAGACAAGUCAAUGUCAGCCAGCGAUACCCCCAUAGAUGUUCGGUAAGCAUCCUCUUCAAUCGCUUGACUUUCAUCAUUUAUUAUAUCCACCACACCCCGCUCUUCAUACUUGGGAUGCUACGUUCUAGUGAGCGCCUUGAACGCCUUGUCCUGAUGCUCAGUCUGCUGUUUACAUUCCUGAUUUGGGGGUGUGUCUCCAACUAAAUACCAUGGGGUAGUGAUUCAUUCCCUCAUUCCCUGACGGAAUAAUAUUGUUGGCUACAACACUGUCUAUCGUGAUCUUCCGCACUUCUGACAUCACCACCGUACCAAUUGCAAUUCCGAUUUGGGCCGCUAUAGUUAUCCUGGCAACAUGGCCCGUGUCCGCUGCCCAUAUCAGAUGCCUUCUGCGCAAGAUAAGAGUCCAGAUCCUGAUUCAGUUGCAUUUAUAUCAUUCUAGAUCAUUGGGGGCUAGUGUGACGACUAGAACCCUCCUCUGAUGCCGGGGAUU